GAAGGGGACGGAAGGGAGGGGAGAGAGAGAGAGAGAGAAAAGAGGGGGAGCACAUGUGUAUGCUUGUCACUAAGGGGCUGGGAGAAGGACUAAGGGAAGCGAGGUAGCUGGCCACAGCCGCCAUAUGCUGACUGGAUUCCUGUUCAUGUCUGCUGUGUGAAGACUGUAGGUUUCUGUUGUGUGCUGGCCGGCUGGGGAACACACCAUGGGAAGCUCACAUCUCCUCAACAAAGGCAUGCCUCUAGAUUCUGAGUACUCGUUUCCUGUCGUAGCCCAACCCUGAACACAGCAGCACACUGAAGCAUGAACCAGAAAUGCAUGCAUCAGGCCACCCAUCAUGAAUGGGCCCAUGCACCCGCGACCUCUGGUGGCGCUGCUGGACGGCCGCGACUGCACUGUGGAGAUGCCCAUCCUGAAAGACGUAGCGACCGUGGCCUUCUGUGACGCUCAGUCCACACAGGAGAUCCACGAGAAGGUGCUGAAUGAAGCUGUAGGAGCUCUGAUGUACCACACCAUCACUCUGAUGAGAGAGGACCUGGAAAAGUUUAAAGCUCUGCGCAUCAUUGUCCGUAUUGGCAGUGGCUAUGACAAUAUUGACAUCAAAUCUGCCGGGGAACUGGGCAUAGCUGUAUGUAAUAUGCCAGCAGCCUCAGUGGAGGAGACGGCGGACUCCACGCUGUGUCACAUCCUCACCUUGUACAGACGUACCACCUGGCUGCACCAGGCUCUCCGGGAGGGCACGCGGGUUCAGAGCGUGGAGCAGAUCCGAGAGGUGGCGUCAGGGGCCGCGAGGAUCAGAGGAGAGACACUGGGACUUAUAGGGCUUGGUCGAGUCGGCCAGGCUGUCGCCCUGCGAGCCAAGGCCUUUGGCUUCAAUGUGAUCUUCUAUGACCCUUAUUUGGCUGACGGUGUAGAGAGAUCCCUGGGACUACAAAGGGUCACCACACUACAGGACCUGCUCUUCCACUCCGACUGCGUCUCUCUGCACUGCAGCCUCAACGAACACAACCACCACCUGAUCAACGACUUCACCAUCAAACAGAUGCGCCAGGGGGCGUUCUUGGUGAACACGGCCAGGGGGGGUCUGGUGGAUGAGAAGGCCCUGGCUCAGGCCCUGAAGGAGGGGAGGAUACGUGGAGCUGCUCUGGAUGUUCAUGAGACAGAGCCUUUCAGUUUCAGUCAGGGCCCACUGAAGGACGCUCCCAAUCUCAUCUGCACCCCACAUGCUGCCUGGUACAGCGAACAGGCAUCACUGGAGAUGAGAGAGGAGGCAGCCAGGGAGAUCCGAAGGGCUAUCACAGGUCGUAUCCCAGACAGUCUGAAGAACUGUGUUAAUAAAGAGUUCCUCACCCAGAACAACCACUGGGCAGGAGUUGACCCAGCUACCGUCCACCCCGAGCUCAACGGGGCUUAUAGGUAUCCCCCAGGAGUGGUGAGCUUGCCAGCUGGCGGCCUCCCGCCACCCGUUGAAGGCAUUGUGCCCAGCGCCGUGCCCAUCACACACACCCUCCCGCCUGCUGUCACACAUCCUCCUCAUGCCCCGUCCCCUGGACAAAAUACAGUCAAGCCACCAGAGGGCGACAGAGAGCAGCAUCCAAACGACCAACUGUAGCCACACACACACACACACACACACACACACACACUAACACAAACACACACACACACACGCUUGCCUGUGUUGUCUGGUGACCGGAAGAGGUUGGCAACUGGGAUCAUAGCGAUAAGUUCCCUAGUGACAAGUUGUUAUCAGACAGGUGUGUCAGAUCGACAGGUUGAGGUCCCAAUAUGAAUUGAUUAACAACUCUCUGGCAAUUGGUCCCCGGAAGCCAGCUCACACUCCAAAGAGGAAGAAGAAGAAGAUGACGAGAGGAUGGAAGAGGGUGAUGAGGAGGAGUGGAUAGCUGUCAGAUGCUCUUAUCAAAGAGCCAGACAAUUGUCCUCUGCUCCAACCUGAAGUCCUGUAAAGAUCCACAGGUUUAUCGUCACAUAACAACAACUACAGUAUAGUCGACUUUUUAACUGUUUUCUCUGCCAGAAGUAAAAAACAAAACAAAAAAAAACUGUUGAUUUGGGAAGAAAAAAUACUGAAUCAAAUUCUGCUGUCUUAGACUGUAGUAUGUCCAAAGUUAGAGGGGCCUGUUUCACGUCUUUCUCUCUUUUUCUGUGUCCUUUCCUUAGUUUGAUGUACAAGCAAAAGUAGUAGGUUAUGAAAGGAAUGUAACCUGUCUGUGUACAGUUUUUAGACUUACGGCAAGAAGAUACUGAUAUUUGUAUUCCAGUCUUAAGAAAAACAAGGGUUCUGUGAUCUCUAUGUAGCCAAACUGGUUUGAGAAUACAAUAUCUGUUUUUUUUUUGUUUUUUUAUGUGUCCCCAAAUGAAUAAGCCCCCCAAAAAAGAGGCAGCUUUUUGCACACCAUCUCAGGAAAUGAAGUUUCCGCAGUUGGUAAUAUUAUUUUAGAAGUUUUAGAAAAUUCAUUUUUAUGCCACUUAGUGCUUUUGUUUUUCUACCUGCUUGCCUUUUUGUGUCCCGCUACAUUAGAAAAUGAACUUUAACGAGAGCUAAAGUUGAUCUAAUGUUUGCUUUUGUUUGUUUUGUUUACGGGGCAUGUGAUUUUGCUCUUGGGACUUGUGUAAAUGUUUGACCCAGAUCGAGGGGGUUGUGGGAGGAAAGGCUGUAGGGAGGUGGCAUAAUGGUAUGCUUGGCUGGGACGACAUCCUCCCUAGUCGUGAAUUGAAUUUACAAAAUAGAGUUGUUGGAUUAAUUACUUUGAAGGACGAAGUAGGUUGCGGACGAGGCAAUGCACUGACAGUUUGUAGCAGCUUACAGCUUCAGAAACAGUCUCAUAAAAGAUUAUUAUCUAUGUUGUCUUCAUGUCUAAUGAUCCAGUACUUCCACUUUUAUGUGCAUUAAUUGUCCAGGUCAUGGAACAUGAACAGUUCAGCACACCAAGGUUUACAAAUGAUGCACAACAUUGUUGAAUCGGUGUGCUGCUUCAUGCUGCUAUAUCAGUGUCUUACUGAAGUUGCCCUUCUAGCUAUGGAUCCAUCAAAAUCAGCCAACAGACUUGUGAAAACCUACAUCAACAAAUCUAUCUAUUUAUUUAUCUGCCAAAACUAUUUCUGGUUCCUAUCUGAAGUUAAAACUCACAUGACAUCAGUCAUACCAAAAUGUUCAUAAUUCUGAUCUGCUCUCACAUGGCUUGUCAGUUAGAUCGAGGUGCUGAAAGAGGAAUGAUCUGCUUGUGAAAGCUUUUACAACGUGAGAGACGUCAUUCAUGCACAAUAAACUAAAGACAUUUUUUGAUAGCAUGUCGGAACGUACUGAUUUCUCCAGUCUAGUAUCCCUUUAACACUUCAUGAUGGGUCCUUCCUGAGUAUACCGUUAGCCACCCUCUGUGGCCUCCGUGUCUAUGUGUACAUAUGGUGUUCUGCCUGCCUGUGUCAAUGUGACUUGGUUGUAUCUGUGUCUAAAAAAACAGCACUGGGAGGAGGGGUGGUGGCUAGUACUUUUCCACAAGGCAUCAUUGCAAAGACUGCCAUCUAAAUACACAACUUAACGCUAUGUAAAAAACCUAAAAAUGUUUAGAACUAGACUUCAAUCUAAGCUAGCAAACAAAGCCAGUAAUGGAUGCUUUUACUGGUUCCCACCAUGUGAACAAGAUGCUGAUAUUGUUAAAUCAGUAGUAAAACAUCUGAAACUGUUUUUCUAUCUGGAAUAUUUAUAACUAAUUCCAGUUCAUGUGUGGUUGAUGUUAGCAGGCCAGCUAAGUGACGGUGCUUUUUGGAUCCCCUUCUACCAGCAGCUGAGUAGUAAAAACAGUUCACUGUUGCCUACCUGGUCUUCUUCAUGGUGAGGUAGUAAGAGUAGCAAUCAGGGAUGGAACUUUCACUAGCCAUUGGUGAGUAUUUUACAGCCCAUGCUGAAUCCGAAGGGGGUGUCUAGUGCAGAAGGUACUGAGGGGACAUUUAAAUAUUACUGUCGGACUAGAGCCCCAAAAUCCUGAAAGGAAUGCUGGAAUAUUUUGAAUUUUACUCUUGAUCUUUCCUCACAAGAUGCCUGACGUUAUGUGGAGGAGAAACUCUUUGCAUUAAGCUCUAAGCAUUCCUCAUUCAAACCGAUGGGUGCCACAAGUAAAAACCACAGACUAGUUUUCAAAGUGUCAAGGUGCUCCCUGAAAUUCCAUCCCUGGUAGUAACACACAGUCCACUGUUGCCUACAUUGGUCCCCUUUAUGGUAAAGUAGUAGGCGUAGCAAUAUACAGUAUACAUAUUCUAUAUUCUACAGUAAAUAUCAUUAUUUUUGGUCAAAACUGACAACCUGACAAAGAUAUGUUUGUGACUGUAUGCAUUUGUAUGAAUUAUUUUAAAAGGAAAUAAACUGUGGAAAGGUGAA